GCUGCCAAAAAUUUCCACCCUCCGCCCCCCUCCCUAGCGAACUUCCUUCCAGCAUUUCCUGAGCUGGAUGAUCCUAGGAUUUGUAAGACAGGAAAAAAAGGAAGGCGUGAGGGCGGGUGGGAGAGACAGGAUGCUUGUUUUUCGUUGUACCCAAGCCGUCUGAAGGCACGGCCGCGGGCGCAGGGAGCAGGACCCGCCGCAGCCCCAGGGCUGUCUCCUCGCCCCCGGCCGCUGCCCGCUUCCCCCGCUCGCGUCCUCGCCGGGGCAUCUAGAAAGGCGGAAAGAAGAGCUCGCCCUCCCUCUGAAGCGGAGGAAAACACCCGAAGACACCGCAGGAGCCUGUGAAAGUCCCUGGGACUCCGAGUGAGGAAGUGACACUCCCAAGCUCGCCGGCCCGCGGCUGCCAGCUCUGCACGGCCUCCGGCACCGCGGCCCUGGAGGCGCGCGCCGUGGACUUGAGGCUCCGCGCCGCGCGGGGUCCCUGCGCCCUGCCCCGGGCCCCGGCUCUUCUGGACGCCCAUGCGGCCCCCCAGCGCCGCGCCGCAGCCAGUGAGCUAAGCCCGGAGACCAUCUUCGGCGCGGUGCCAAGCAGAGGGGAGGGGGAGACGGAGGGGCAACCUCUUUGGGACUAACUCAUGAAGAACAAGGGUGCCAAGCAGAAGCUGAAACGAAAGGGAGCCGCCAGUGCCUUUGGCUGUGACCUGACCGAAUAUCUGGAAAGCUCAGGACAGGAUGUUCCAUAUGUAUUGAAGAGCUGUGCAGAAUUUAUAGAGACUCACGGCAUCGUGGAUGGAAUUUAUCGGCUUUCGGGAGUUACCUCGAACAUACAACGGCUAAGGCAAGAGUUUGGCUCAGAUCAAUGUCCAGAUCUGACAAGAGAAGUGUACCUCCAGGACAUCCACUGUGUGGGCUCCCUCUGCAAGCUCUACUUCAGGGAGCUGCCCAACCCCCUCCUGACUUAUGAGCUCUAUGAGAAAUUCACGGAGGCGGUGUCGCAUUGCCCAGAAGAAGGCCAACUGGCCCGAAUCCAAAAUGUUAUCCAGGAGCUUCCCCCAUCCCAUUAUAGGACCUUGGAAUACCUGAUUCGACACCUGGCCCACAUUGCCUCCUUCAGCAGCAAGACCAACAUGCAUGCCAGGAACCUGGCCCUGGUGUGGGCACCAAACCUUCUCAGGUCCAAAGAAAUCGAAGCCACUGGUUGCAAUGGAGACGCAGCCUUCCUGGCAGUCCGGGUCCAGCAGGUGGUGAUUGAGUUCAUAUUGAAUCAUGUGGACCAAAUCUUUAACAAUGGUGCACCCAGCUCUCUGGAGAAUGACGAAAACCGGCCCAUCAUGAAGAGCCAGACCUUGCCAGCCCUCUCUCCACCCAUGAAGUUGGUGAGCCUGGAGGAAGCUCAGGCUCGGAGCCUGGCUACUAAUCAUCCCGCUCGGAAGGAAAGGAGAGAGAAUAGCCUGCCUGAGAUUGUCCCUCCCAUGGGCACCCUCUUCCACACCGUCCUUGAGUUACCAGACAACAAAAGAAAGCUCUCCAGUAAAUCGAAGAAGUGGAAAUCAAUCUUUAACCUGGGCCGUUCCGGAUCCGACUCCAAGUCAAAGCUGAGUAGGAAUGGGAGCGUGUUCGUGAGAGGACAGAGGCUCUCAGUGGAAAAGGCUACUAUCCGCCCAGCUAAAAGCAUGGACUCGCUGUGCUCAGUGCCUGUGGAAGGGAAAGAAACCAAAGGAAAUUUCAAUCGAACAGUCACCACCGGUGGAUUUUUCAUUCCAGCAGCGAAAAUGCACUCGACCAGCACGGGCAGCUCCUGUGACCUCAGCAAACAGGAGGGUGAAUGGGGCCAGGAGGGUAUGCCGGCAGGGGCGGAGGGGGGCUUUGACGUGAGCGGUGACCGGAGCCAACUCCAGGGCGCUCAGGCCCGGCCGCCCCCUGAGCAGCUGAAGGUGUUCCGGCCCAUCGAGGAUCCCGAGGGCGAGCAGACGGCCCCCAAGAUGCUAGGCAUGUUCUACACCUCGAACGACAGCCCCAGCAAGUCCGUCUUCACCAGCAGCCUCUUCCAGAUGGAGCCCUCGCCCCGGCACCAGCGCAAGGCCCUGAACAUCUCCGAGCCCUUUGCCGUGUCCGUGCCUCUCCGUGUGUCAGCUGUCAUCAGCACCAACAGCACCCCAUGCAGGACACCCCCCAAGGAGCUGCAGUCUCUUUCCAGCCUGGAAGAGUUUUCUUUCCAGGGGUCAGAGAGUGGAGGUUGGCCUGAAGAGGAGAAGCCACCGGGAGCUGAGACUUCUACAGCUUCUGGAGCUAAGAAGGCGGCUCUUGAGGAUGCCAAGCCAGGACCUGAAGCAGUGAGGACAGUGGAAUGCAGCAAAGGCCCUUCCCUGGAGCCAGGUGCCCAACUGGAGGAGAAGAAAAUCUCGGAAGUCGCCCUGGGCUCUCAACAUUCAAGUGAAUUAGAGAAGAGGCUGGAUCGAGGGAAGGCAGUGGAGGAGAGUCAAGAGGCUGGCCAGGUGGAGUCCAGUGCUCUGCAGGAGAGCCCCAGGGCCAGAGCCGAAGCAGUGUUUCUCCAUGAGAUGGAUGAAGAUGAUCUGGCCAACGCCCUGAUCUGGCCGGAGAUUCAACAGGAACUGAAAAUUAUUGAAUCUGAGGAGGAACUCUCCUCGUUGCCACCGCCUGCCCUAAAGAUCAGCCCCACUCAGCCAAUUCUGGAGUUCAGUCCGGCGCCCUGUGCUUCCUUGGAGCCUCCUGGGAGCUCGUCUUGUGGCUCGGCCCCAGCUCCAGUCUCCGCCCCCCUGGAGGAGUGGACUAGGGAUCCAACCAAUCAGAGCACACCGGGGGCCUCCACAGCAGCCAAUAGAGAAAAAUCCGAAGCAAGCCGCAGCCUGCCUGGAUCUGAGCCCGAGAAGGGCCAGCGGCCAGACCCCAGCAGCCUAGCUCCUCUGGAAAUAGUGCCGUUUGAGGCGGCUUCUCCACAAGCGAGGGUGGAGGUGGGAGGUCCAGGGAAUCCGUCUCCUGUGCUCCCGCCUGCUCCUCCCCCCCCAACCCCAAUGGAGGAGGCGCCUCGAGUCCAGCUGUUGGAGGGCGGCCCUGAGAGAGAAGACUCAUCCAGGAAUUUGAAGACAAAUGCAGAUACAGACCAGCUGAAGUCCAAAGGCAGCCCCGGGAUCCCCAGUCUCUGUCAGGAAGACGAGGCUGCUCCAGGACAAAGGGAAAAGCAAAAUUCAAAGGAUGCUGCUCCUGAGGGGAAAGGCUCUGGUUUUCCAAGCCCCACAAGGGAGGUUGAGAUCUCCCCACAAGGAGAGGUGGAUGUAGCCCAUUCAGUACAGGAGCCCUCGGACUGUGACGAAGACGACACUGUGACAGACAAUGCGCAGCAUGGCCUGGAGAUGGUGGAACCCUGGGAGGAGCCCCAGUGGGUGACGAGUCCUCUUCAUUCCCCUACCCUGAAAGAUGUGCAAGAGGCCCAGAUGCAGGGCUCCCAGGGCCUGCGACUGGAGAAGAGGCUUUCCCACAGGCCCAGCCUUCGCCAGAGCCAUUCUCUAGAUAGCAAAACCACAGUUAAGAGCCAGUGGACUCUCGAGGGUCCCUCCUCCAGCAGCUGUGCUAACCUUGAAGCAGAGGGGAAUUCUGACCCUCUGCAGCACCUGUCACCCAGGAGAGAGAUUACUGGAUGGGAUGAGAAAGCCCUGAGUUCCUUCAGAGAGUUGUCUUGCCCGAAAGGGACAGAGGCUCUUCCCAACCAGAAGGGACCAGGUGGUUUGCAGCCCAAACCAGCAGAAACCAGCCCUGUCAGCCUAGCAGAGGGAAAGGAACAGGGGACACCCCUGGAGCACUGCAACCCUCAGAUUGAGCAAGGCAGUGUUUCUGGGCCGCAGAGCAGCCAGGAGAAUUCACCUAGCGUGCAGGACAGCACCUCACCUGGAGAGCAUCCCCCGAAGCUACCGCUAAAGCCCACUGAGUGCGGGCCCCCAAAAGGGAAAAAUAGGCCUUCUUCCCUCAACUUGGACUCUGCCAUUCCCAUCACUGACCUCUUCCGGUUUGAGAAUGUGGCCUCAUCUGGUUCACCUGGAAUGCAGCUCUCUGAGCCAGGAGACCCGAAGUUCACGUGGAUGACCUCAUCUCACUGUAAAGUAGACCCCUGGAGGGUUUGCUCCCAGGACCCUCAGGACCCGGACAUUGUUGCUCACGCCCUGACAGGCCGCCGAAACUCAGCUCCCGUGAGUGUGUCAGCUGUGAGAACCUCCUUCAUGGUCAAAAUGUGCCAGGCCAGGGCAGUCCCAGUCAUCCCACCCAAGAUUCAGUACACACAGAUCCCACAGCCCCUGCCCUCUCAGAGCUCAGGGGAGAAUGGGACUCAGCCUCUGGAAAGGAGCCAAGAGGAACCCAACUCAACUGGUGGGACCUCUCAGAAAACUGCCAAAGGUGAUUCUCUCUCCUUGGAAAGCCCAAAGGAAGAGAAACCAAAGCAAGAUACAGGAGCCAUUGAGUCCUUGGCAGUGGAUGCCACUGCAUCUCGCAUGUGUGAGGGACCCACCCUUUCUCCAGAACCAGGUUUAGCUAACCUGCUCUCCACCCAGGAUGCAGUAGUGCAAUGCAGAAAGCGCACAUCAGAGACAGAGCCAUCGGGGGACAACCUGCUUUCUUCAAAAAUAGAGCGACCAUCAGGGGGUUCUAAGCCUUUCCACAGGUCAAGGCCAGGAAGACCUCAGAGCCUAAUCUUAUUCAGUCCUCCUUUCCCCAUUAUGGACCACCCGCCCCCAUCAUCCGCAGUGACAGAUUCCAAGGUCCUGCUGUCCCCUAUUAGAAGUCCCACCCAGACAGUUUCUCCUGGCCUUCUUUGUGGGGAGUUGGCAGAAAACACGUGGAUCACACCAGAAGGGGUUACACUUAGGAAUAAAAUGACCAUCCCUAAGAAUGGCCAGAGACUAGAGACCUCAACCAGCUGUUUUUACCAGCCCCAGCGGAGAUCAGUGAUUCUGGAUGGAAGAAGUGGGAGGCAAAUAGAAUGACAUCAGUUCACCUGCUGGUGUCUGAGAAAAUGUCGUGAUUCAUCUGGAAGUUACUAUUGGGACAACUUGCCAUUGUUCCAGGCACAGGUUAUCCAAGUUUGGGCUUAGUUUGGCCUCUUCUUUUUCUUCGGCCUUCUGACCAUUUAUUAAUUAGUCCAUUUGCCAGAAGAGAGGUCAAGAGAAGGACCAAGAGAUGAAGUUUAAAUAAGUCUCUAUGAGCAGGCAGGGAAAGGUCAGGUGAGGGAAGAGGAUGAAAUGCUGGCCUCCAAUGAGGUUUGGGACCUGUGAGUUGCGUUACUCCCCACUGCCAUUAUCUGUGACCAUUGAGAGCUGGGUGUGAUUAUGCCUUUUGAAAGAAAGAGAAAUCCUUUGCCCGUGUUGGAAAACGUUGCUAUUGAGGUUUGAAGGCCUCCUAUUUACUUCAUGCUUUUUAAUGCUCUUUAAAGCAUGUGUUCUUUUAGACAAGUUUUCUGAUAAGCUUUGUAAAAGUGUACUAUCCAGAAUAGAAGCAGAUUUGGAAAUGCAAACUAACGUACACUUAGAUAUCCAAGUGGGUGAAUUCACCCACUCUCUUUCCCUGCAAUCCCUGCAGAUCUGUCCAAGGUGGCUCCAUACGCCAGCACAGAAAGUCAGAAUCUAUACUAAAGAGCAAACUUGGAGACUGGCAUGGUCCAAGAAGACUUUCUGGCUCUGGCUUCUAUUAAUUUGGGACUCCAACUGCCACUAUCCUGCCCUCUGAUUUAUAAAUCCAGUAGCUGGGGAGGGUGGGAGCUGAGCUGAGGGUUACCUCAAUGAAAUGUGCUGAAUCUUCAUUUAGGUAUGCAAGAGUGAGGGGAUCUGCUUUCUUCCCGAUAUCAGAGUCCAAAAACAGGAUGUCUUCUUAGAGAAAAGCCUCACAUAUAGGCAGAACUACACUCCAAACUUAAUGUGUUUAAAUUGGUGGAGCAUUAGCAGAAAACACCUGUAGCUCAGCUUCACACUCCGUCCAUACUAGGCUGGGACCAGCAGUGCAGGAGAGGGUAAGCCGGGAGCCCCAGGAGGACAAGGCCGAGUCCUAGCAGGGUAGCCAUCAUUACUGCUUGGUGACAGCUGCCCUUCUUGAAAAUGUAUUUCAUUUUAGCCAGUGGGAGCCUUCCUUUCUCCCUCUCCUUCCAUUGCUCAAGAGCAGAUUCAAGGGACCCCUCUGCUUUCCAUGGUCCCCCUCAUCCACUACCCACCCCAGGCACUGAAACUUGCUCUUCCCCUGUCUAUACGCAAGCAGAAGCAAUAAACGAAUCUGAUUCUAUUUGUUAUUUAGAAGUUCAAAUGGGCCAUUCCUUUUCAGCUGGAGAGAGGAAGGAGAACGAAUCUAACCUGCUGGCAGAUUUUUGGUGCUAUCCCAAAGAGGGCUUCACAAGAGCCCUUCUCAAGGCAAAACCCUUCAGGGUAUCAAGACUUUCAGACCUUCUAAGACAACUAUCUUGUUUCAGAUACAAAGAAAAAUAGGAUCUUUUUUUAGCCCUAGGCACCUCUUCUCAGGUUCAAGUCUGGCUGAAUUCUGUCCAGAAGCUCAGUCAUUGCAGAAAUUUCUCUAAGGGCUAGCAGUACCUCUGGACAGACCUCACAGCCAAGGCUGGUGCUGGGCUGGGUAGGGGCUGAACUGAAGUUACCUCCUCCAGUGAGAAAUGGGACGCUGAUGCCCUGCAACAGAUACAUAGUCCUCUCUCUCUUCUUCCCUGAUAAGCCUUACAAGCAAUUUUGAAAUCUUGUCCUACACCUUUGAAGCCAGUGUCUAUGGCAGAGAUAACUGGCAGGCCAGCUGAUGAGUUCUGCUUUCAGAGGGCACUGCGAUGUGUGAGCAAGGGGAGCAGUGAAUAGGCCUUUGGUCAGUGUUUUUGCAUUCUCACUGGGAAUAAGACAUUGUACCAAGAGCCAAUGAGAUGUCAACCUGUAAGAAAAGUCCUAAGGUAUGGCAAUUUUCCCUUCUAGGCAAGCAAGGUGAAGAAAUAUAUUGGUGACGGAUGAGGAAGGCCAUGUUCAGGAGAUUUGAAAAGUACAUUCCUGCCUUAUCAGAAAAUGUGGCAGACAGGCUUUGUGUCAAUCUCAGUGCACUGUGGUGUCUACGCUCUGAUAAGGACCACGUUCCAGUUAGAAUGUGAGAGGGCGAAGGAACUGCACUUUGCUUUACCAUCAGAACUCUGAGCCAAGUAAUGAAAUAUUUAAACUAUUUUAUGAUUAUUUUAGAUUUUUGUUUGUAACACUUAGAGGAUAUAUUUUUAUUUGGGGAUAGCCUGAGAAGCCACCAUUUACAUAUUAACAAGUGAGUUCAAUUUGAGGCGCCUAUGUAGAUUUAUUAAAUGGCUGCCAUGUUCCUUAGACUCCGGCAUCUUUCAUUUGUAGCAUCCUCUUCAGGCGUGUGGGUGUGUGGAUAUCAUUAUGAGACACAAUGAUAACUGUCUGGAAAUAUUCUCUACUCUGAGCUUUCCUCGUCAGUCAAUCCAGAAGGCCUUAGAAGCUGGCUCACCUGCUCAGUAAGUGUCUGGCUGCUAAAGUGUGGAUCUCUCCUUUGACUAUUUCCCAGCCUAUCAACUGUCACAAACAUUCAUAAACUUCCUGUGGACCGGGGCUAGCCUGGCACUGAUGAAAUUCCAUUCUAUGUUAAAGAAAACUAUUUUUCCCCUGAAAUUGUUCCCCAAAAUGACCUGAGAUUACCGAUUUGGUCACCCACUUGGGCCUGAAAAAUGAAUGCCCUGAGAAUGGCUGGAUGGGAAUCAGAUCGCCUGCUUCCAUCCAGAGGGACGGAAUGGGUGCUGCUGGUUUUUGGAGGAUCUACUUGGUGCCCUAGAAAGGGCUGCAAAAUCAAAUUCUCAAAGGGCACCUUCAAAUCAACUAUUAGUCCCCUAAAUGGGGGUGGCUGACUUACAAUGUUGACUUUGAAGUGAAAUGCAUGCAUGUUCUAAUGUUUUCCUUCAGUGCUAAUGACUGCUUAAGAAGAUAAUGACCUAUACAUAUUGGCAAAAUGGCCCUCCCAGGCCAACUUUUUUUUCCUUCUUUUUUGCAAAAUGGACCAGAUAGAGGGAAUUUGGUUUUUAUUCUCUGCUUCACAUAGACUAUGAAGAGACCUGACCAAGAACCCCAUUAGGAUGGUUACCCUAAUCUAAGCUCUAAAAUUCAAAAUGUUGGCCAAGUCAAAAUUGUGGAUUCUGGGGAACUUAAAAAUAUAAACAUCAACAUCCUCAACAAGUAAUAUUUAUCAAGAGCUUAGUAAUAUUGCACUGGGUACCUUAGAACUCUUAAACCCUUGAAGAGUCUAAUGAAAAAGAGGAAAUAGAUGGUAGCAAGUCAAACAGCAAAUCAAACAACUGUUAUAAACAGUUGUUUACAACAACCAGGAGCAGGAUUUAGAACCAUUUAGUUACAAUUUGGAGAGAAUUUGACUUGACUUGCAAACACAAUUGCAAGUCCAGCAGAAGGUACUAGGGAGACACUCAGGCAUUGAGAAUUUUGCUUUGAUCAUUUAAAAAAUUAGAGAAUGGUAACUAAAAACAAAUGUUUCUGAGGUUUUCUGUGGUCUUAAUUGGUUUGGUUGUGAAGUCCUGUUGGAUCUCUGCUAAUGAGCUGGGCAAUAUCAGCGUUCCAUACUCCUUGAGAGGGGGUUUGAGACUUCCAUCAUCACAAAAUGGGUUGACUCCUAUUGAUGAUAAAGUCAUAGGUCCAAGAUAAACUGUUAUUUUUAUGUCUAAUGUUUAGCAUAUAAUAAUCACAUUUGAGUAAAAUUGGGUGGGAGAUUCAUUUGUCUACUGGGGCCUUGUGUUCUUGCCUGAAGAGGUGCUGGAGAAUGUAAGAUUCAUUUGUCUGGGAUUGGAAUGGAGAGGUUAAGGGCAGGUCCAAUUCUCACCAGGAUGGGGAUUAGGGCCACAUUCCACCAUGGCCUGUCCUAUCUGAUGACAACAUGAAUCUGGGAGUUAAAUGUUGCCAGGAGUAUGAUUUUACACACUUCCAGCAGGAGGGUCAGCUCAAAACAUGGAAUGACAAAGAAUGCAUGGCCUCCUUGGUCAACACCUUUUCUAGUAAAGUCAGGCCAGAAGAGGGAGCAAGCACCCUUCCAAGCAUGGAGAGGAAUGGGAGAUGGUAGAAGGGUGAUUGCCUGAGUUCAGUGUCAGUCCAGAUAGUAUAAAAUCGGGGACCACCACUGAUUGACCAGCACACAGUAGAUGAUUUAGUAGCCUUGAGGUUCAUGAGCAAUGCAGGGAUCACUUCUCUAUGAGGAUGAAGGAGGACGUAGCUAAAUAUAAGAAACCCACGAAGUACAGAGCCAUGUGCUUUACCGGAUGAAUCACGAAGCUUUGCAAUAACUUAAUGCUAUAGUACUUCCUGGCUAAUAAUUCUGCAAGGUAAAGCACUUUUUCAAAGGAGUCUGUUAGAAAGCCACAUGAUUUCAGCUGUUUGUUGAGCUCGAGUAUGUUUCCAAAGAUAUAAUCAAAAUCUUUUUCUAUUGAUUAAAAAAAUAUAAAUAUUAAACUUAUCCAUAGAGACAUUUAAGUGUAAUUAAAACAGAUUGUUAUGCUUUAAAAAUGUACUCUAAUAAAUGACAUAAAAUAUAAUGCUUAUGAUGGCACUAUGAACUAGAGGAGGACAUGGGGUCAUCAAAAUCAAUAAUAGGAAAAGUGGAUUAUAUGCAUCAGGCUCAUUGUUCUGGUCUGUUCUGUUUGAUGUCAUUUUUUAUUACUUCAAGGUUUGGUCUCACAGCAAAAGUCCUGAUGAUUUCUUUCAGUAAAUUUUUCUGGUUUUUGUUAUUUUA